AUGGGUUCCUCAUCCCAGGUCUAUCUGCUUCCUUUGAAGGAUGACGGUUCCCCAGAUGUGCCCGGCGGCUACAUCUACUUACCACCCCCUACGGAGGCAGGUUAUGUGCUGCGUUUUAUCAUUGAAGGGACCAGCUCAAUCUGCCGGCAAGGCAGCUUAUGGGUCAACAUUCCUGAGGAGGGCAAGGCUUUUGAUCGCCAUUCGUUCCGCGAGUUCAAACUGCGCCCCAAUUUCAACGAGAACAUACAGAUCGAUAUUCGGGUUCCUAGCGCUGGCGCCUUUGCAUACUAUGCCACGUUCACCCCGUUGCCGGACUUCUCCGUUGAGGCGGUUCAAACGCCGGAACCUAUCAAAAGCCCACUCUACUACAUAGAUGUGUCGCCAAAGCUCACAUUACAAGGAAAGGACUUACCAUUAAAUGCCCUUUCAAUCUUUUCGGUGAUCUCGAAAUUUAUGGGACAGUACCCUAUCGACUGGGAUGGCCACCUCAAUGGCAUCAGCCAGCGGAACUACAACAUGGUUCACUUCACGCCGCUCAUGCAGCGUGGGGCUUCCAACUCGCCCUACAGUAUUUUUGAUCAGAUUUCAUUUGACUCCGCGCUGUUCCCCAAUGGAGAGUCUGAUGUCGCAUCCCUUGUGUCGAAAAUGGAGAAGGAUUAUGGUCUUUUGACCCUGACCGAUGUUGUUUGGAAUCACACUGCACACAAUAGCAAGUGGUUGGAAGAACACCCAGAGUCUGGAUACAGUGCCGAGACAGCGCCUUGGUUGGAAUCUGCACUAGAGUUGGACACAGCACUGUUGAAGUUUAGCGACGACCUUGAAUCUCUGGGCUUGCCGACCGAAUUCAAAACCGUGGAUGACUUGGUUGCUGUUAUGAAUGUUUUGCGCGAUCAAGUAAUUAAGGAGCUUCGCUUGUGGGAGUUUUACGCCCUUGACGUCAAGUCCAACGCAAAGAAAAUCUUAGAUGCAUGGACCAGUGGAGCUGCGGACCCAGCCAUUACCCAAGCUGAUUACCUGCAAGGUUUCAAGAGUUUGACACCAAAGGAGCAAUCACAGAUUGUCCGCAAUCACGGCAUGGUGAAUUCGAACCAACUUCGCGGAAGAUUCGAGCGCGCAGUAGACCCUGCGUUUGGCGCUGCUAUUCUAUCAAAGUUUCACGGAGAGUUUGAAAACAACAAGUCCGUACUCCCUGAAGCCGAGGAAUCUCUCUCUAGGCUCCUUGAUGCCGUGAACUUGCCUCUCUACGAAGAAUACGAUGCGGAUCUUGCUGAUAUCAUGGAUCAACUGUUUAACCGGACCAAGUAUCUUCGGAUCGACGAUCACGGUCCAAAGCUUGGCCCUAUUACCAAGGAGAGCCCGUUGAUAGAGACCUACUUUACUCGACUUCCUCUCAAUGAAGUCACCAAAAAGCACAACCCAAAGGCCCUUUCUCUGGCAAACAAUGGCUGGAUUUGGAACGCCGAUGCGAUGAAGGAUAAUGCAGGACCAAACUCCAAAGCUUAUCUUCGUCGUGAAGUCAUCGUGUGGGGAGACUGUGUCAAGCUCCGUUACGGAGAUUCACCGAAAGACAGUCCGUUCCUCUGGGAUUUCAUGACCAAGUACACCCGUCUCAUGGCCAAGUAUUUCUCGGGCUUCCGAAUCGACAACUGUCACUCUACACCGCUGGUGGUCGCAGAAUAUCUGCUAGAUGAGGCCCGCCAAGUUCGUCCAAAUCUGACCGUCUUUGCGGAGCUCUUCACAGGAUCCGAGGAAGCAGAUUAUGUGUUUGUCAAACGCUUGGGUAUCAAUGCCCUCAUCCGAGAGGCCAUGCAGGCCUGGAGCACUGCAGAGUUGAGCCGGCUGGUCCAUCGUCAUGGCGGUCGCCCAAUUGGUAGCUUUGAUGUGGACCUACCAUCCGCUGGCAGUAGCCAUGCCAUUGCUUCGGCAAAGUCUGGAGGUACGGAUGAGCAAAUCACUCACAUCCGACCAUCUCCUGUUCAGGCAUUAUUCAUGGACUGCACCCAUGACAACGAGGUCCCUGCACAAAAGCGCGAUGCUCGGGACACUCUUCCAAACGCUGCUCUUGUCGCAAUGUGUGCAUCCGCGAUUGGAAGUGUGAUGGGCUACGAUGAAGUUUACCCAAAACUUAUCGACCUGGUUCACGAAACACGACUGUACGCAUCGCCAUUCUCCGGUGACCAGGAAUUGGAAGUUGGCCCUGGAGAGGGCAUUGGAAGUGUGAAGAAGCUUCUUAAUGAACUCCAUACCAAGAUGGGGGUAGAAGGCUAUGACGAGACCCAUAUCCACCACGACGGGGAAUACAUCACCGUGCACCGAGUCCACCCCAAGACCAGAAAGGGAAUUUUCCUCAUUGCCCAUACCGCGUUCCCUGGCAAUGACAAUGGUGCGAUCCUUGCUCCUACUCACAUCACCGGUACACAGGCCAAGCACCUUGGUUCCUGGGUACUUGAAGUGAACGCAGAUGACGAGACCAAGACCAAGGUUCUAGCAGAUGAUCAGUAUCUCAAAGGACUCCCAAGUCAUACAAAGGAUAUUGAAUGUACAAAUAUCGAAGGGGAUGGAAAUGACGUGACCAUCUCUGUGCUCAAAACUCUUGUACCCGGGUCUAUCGCGCUUUUCGAGACUUGGAUCCCUAGCGCAGAACACGCCAGUGGUCUGGAUAGCUUCCUUUCUAGCGGAGCAGAUGAGGCUUUCAGCGAACUCAGCUUGAUUGAUCUCAACUUCGUGCUCUAUCGCUGUGACGCCGAGGAGAGAGAUUCCAGCGACGGGCAAGAUGGUGCGUACAGUAUUCCCAAGCACGGAUCUUUGGUCUACGCGGGUCUGCAGGGCUGGUGGAGUGUCCUGGAGGACAUUAUUAAAUACAACAACCUCGGCCACCCACUUUGUGAUCAUUUACGUGAAGGCCAAUGGGCCUUGGACUAUCUUGUUGGACGUAUGGAGAAGGUAGCCUCCAAGGAAGGUUAUGUCGCACUACGCAAACCUGCCGCAUGGCUUCGUGAGAAGUUCGACGCUGUUCGAGGUCUGCCGAAUUUCCUACUCCCGCGCUACUUCGCAAUUAUCGUUCAAGUUGCCUACAAUGCUGCAUGGAAAGCAGGAAUUCAUCAGUUCAGUGACAAUGUGCGCUAUGGCCAGGAGUUUGUUCAUCAACUGGCGAUGGUCAGCGUUCAACAGACUGGCUUUGUCAACUCGGCUUCACUGUGGCCCACCAAACAGGUUCGCAGUCUGGCAGCGGGGCUGCCCCAUUUCGCUGUUGAUUGGGCCAGAUGCUGGGGUCGCGAUGUAUUCAUCUCCAUUCGUGGUCUUUUCCUCUGCACGGGUCGCUUUGAUGAUGCGAAAGAGCACAUUAUUGCCUUUGCCAGCGUCCUAAAGCAUGGCAUGAUUCCCAACCUACUCAGCAGCGGCAAGUUGCCUCGGUAUAAUUCGCGGGAUUCGGUCUGGUUCUUCUUACAGGCAAUCCAGGAUUACACAAAAAUGGCCCCGGAUGGCAUGAGUCUGCUGCAGGAGAAGGUGCCUCGGCGCUUUUUGCCGUAUGACGAUACAUGGUUCCCGUUCGAUGAUCCUCGUGCCUACUCACAGUCUCCGACUAUUCUGGAGGUCAUUCAAGAGGUGUUCCAGAGACACGCCCUUGGAAUGUCCUUCCGCGAGUACAAUGCGGGAUCGGACCUGGAUAUCCAGAUGAAGCCCGAAGGCUUCCAAAUUGAUGUGAAGGUCGAUUGGGACACUGGCAUCAUCUUUGGUGGAAGUCAGGACAACUGUGGCACGUGGCAAGACAAGAUGGGUGAAAGCGUCACUGCUGGCAACAAGGGAGUUCCUGGAACUCCUCGUGAUGGUGCAGCCAUUGAGAUCACUGGACUUCUUUACAGUGCUCUGGCUUGGGUGUCGCAACUACAUGAGUCGAGUGUUUACCCACACAAGGGGGUGGACAUUGGUGACGGAAAAUCCAUCACCUUCAAGGAGUGGGCCAGCAAGAUCAAGACUAACUUUGAGCGGUGCUACUACAUUCCCACAGACUCCAAGGAAGAUGGUCAAUACGAUGUGGAUGCCAACAUCAUUAACCGCCGUGGUAUCUACAAAGACUUGUACAAGUCUGGUAAGCCUUUCGAGGACUACCAGCUUCGAUCCAACUUCCCAAUUGCAAUGACGGUUGCCCCGGCCUUAUUCACUCCCGAAAAGGCUCUGACGGCCCUUGCAAUCGCCGAUUCUGCCGUCGUUGGCCCCAUCGGAAUGGCCACCCUUGAUCCGUCUGACAUGAACUACCGUCCCAAUUACAACAAUUCCGAGGACUCCACCGACUUUGCAACUUCCAAGGGUCGCAACUACCACCAAGGUCCCGAGUGGGUUUGGCAGCGCGGUUACUUCCUUCGUGCUCUGCUCGCUUUCGACUUGCUUCGUCGCAAAACACCCGAGGAGCGCAUUGAGUCCUUCCAGCAGGUCACUCGACGACUGGAUGGCUGCAAGAAGGCUCUUCGUGAGAGUCCUUGGAAGGGGUUGACAGAGCUUACGAACAAAAACGGAGAGUAUUGUGGCGAUUCGUCGCCCACACAAGCCUGGUCUGCUGGCUGCAUGCUUGAUCUCUACUAUGACGCGGCCAAACUUUCCUAA